UGGAAAGGGGAGGGAAAAUAAAAUGAUUCUAAAAUACAAUUUAUUAGUGAAAAGUGACUCAAAAAAUAUUCCUUUUACAUCUACUUUCAAACCCAAAGUUUAUGGUAUGAAGUCCCCCACUGAAAUACAAAGUUACUCCAGCUACUUAACGAAUUCCAGAAGAAUAAGGGAUUCAUUGUUUGUUUUUUUAUACUUACUUUGCAUAUUGAAGUCAACCAUUAUGAUUAUAUGUGGUUUUUCUUCAAAAUUGAUUUUCAGUUGGCUGGUAACCAAACAGAAUGCCAAUCGUGUUUAUCUGGAGAGAAAUGUGUCAGAUUAUCAAACAAUGAAACGUGCUGUGUCCAAGACGGAUAUAAUCCUAUUGAUUGUACCGCAAUCCAUGGGCUGUCAGCAUUUCUACCUAGUGGCGUGUACAAAAUAAAAAUUCCGAUCCUGGGUCACGUAACUGUUGCAUGCGAGAUGGAGAUCGAUGGAGGAGGCUGGACGAUUUUUCAACGUCGCAUGGAUGGAUCUGAAGAUUUUUACCGGACAUGGGCGGAGUACAAGGAAGGAUUUGGAAAUCUGACGUCAGAGUUUUGGCUAGGUAAUGACAAACUACACUAUCUACUUGGCCAAGGAUCCUAUGAAUUAAGGAUGGAUAUGGUUGAUUUCAACAAUCAGACACGAUAUGUCAAAUAUAGCAGCAUUUCUGUUGGAAACGAGUCCUCAAAAUACGUCAUAUCUAUAUCUGGUUACUCCGGAAAUGUUGGUGAUUGUUUCACAUCAAUACAUCCAAUAAACAACAUGAAGUUCACGACAAAAGAUCAAGACAACGAUGUCAAAUCCGGAAACAACUGUGCAGCUCAGAAUCAAUCUGGAUGGUGGCAUAGAAUGUGUCAUUGUGCUAAUCCGAAUGGUCUCUACUUGGCGGGAAAAACGCCCGUAUAUGCUAGAGGCAUCACAUACAGUCCUUGGCGAACACAGUAUUACUCGCUGAAAACUACCCAAAUAAUGGUUAGAAGGGUGGUGUAAGAGGAAUCUGUGAAGAUGAGGAAAUCCAGCGUUCGAUGGAUAUCCCAAAACAUUGAGUUGAUCUUAUUUUCAUUUCUCUGGGAUGAUCAAUGUUUGAACACUGUGAAUUUGUCACUGAGUGACUGACUACGUCAUUUAUUGAUUUCGCAGUUGUCAUUUCAUGUCUGAAAUGAUUGAUAUUGCUUCUGUACUUGCGAUCAAAAUAUAUGAGUUCCCUUAAAGACCAAUAAUAAACCGGCGCACCUGAUUUAAAAACGUCUGCAUCCCACCGCAGUUCAGUAGGAAUACUGAAUAGCCACUUUGAUUUAUUGUUUAUAUUUUAUCAUCUUUAAUCAUUACACGACAAGGUACAACCAUUUCUGGGACCAUUCUACUUAGUAUCAUUGUCGCAGUGGCUCAGUGGUUCACUUCGUGACUGGGAAGCCAUGGUUUUAAAUCUCAUUCUUUGGAUUUACAUCCAACAAAGUAAAUAAAUACAGGGCUUGUUUAAAUUAUAUUUACAUGUAAGGAAAUGAGUAUCUUUCGUUGCUGUAUCUUCGAUGUUACUUAUAAUUGAUUAAAUGUAUGUUACGUUUUUAGAUCGAGGAAGGUUACUGACAAAUUUUGAUGUUUCAGGGGUAUGAACACUCUCCUCUAAAGUCAGCAUUUCCCAUCUAAUGUCAUUAUAAGGAUCUAAAUUAUCAAUACAACUUGUCAUUAAGUCAAAUGCUGUCUUACGUAUUUCAUACCGGUUGUUAUGCCGCUCUUUACACAUUGAUUUUAACUAUGGAUUACGUUGUUCACCUAAUCACAUUAUAUGACACACAGCGGUUGCCGUCAAUAGGGAAUAUUUACCCCUCCUAGGUACCUGAUCCAACAUCUGAUAUGUCUAGGGGUCCGUGUUUGUUUGCCCUACUCUUAAUUUUGUAUUCAAUAUCUGACCCUCAAUAUGGAGUUAUGAUUAUUGCCUAAUAUGUACUGAUGUAAAUUGAAGAAUGGGAAGUAAUUUGCCCUUUUGUGAUUGUUAUUUUCAUCGUCUUCUAAGUCGUUUUGGAUUUUCAUUUACUGUGGUUAGACUAGGAUAUAGUGAUUAGUAGGGGUUGUUUUGUUUACUUGUACGGACCCAAACUAUGAAUUUCGGCAAAUUCAUCGGCCCAAAUAGUCAAAUCCAGCCACAACGGGGUACAUGAGUGUUCCUACUUCCGGUGACUAGUACCAAGUAAAUCUUUCUUGACACAAAUUUGAGAAUGUUUGUCACAUCAGAAGCUGUUGCAGUUUAUCCCUAGCACGUGAUAUGCUUAAACCAAACGAAAUAAGGGUCGUGUUCUGAAAGAUAAUGAACAAUGACAUAAACCAUCGAAACAAAUCUAAUAAAUGUCUUAUUAUACAUGAUACUUUUUUUCAAAUGGCUGGAAAUAUUUUAAAUGAAUUUAUAAUACGAGUGUAUACUAAUUUUUUAUCUAUCAACAUUCAUUCAAACCACCAACCAAACCACCUUUUAUUGAUUCUAUUUUUAAAAAUACUAAUUCCUUACAAUUUUUAAUUUUGCGAAAAAUGAAUCAUUAAUUAAGUAAAUUCAACACCUGGUCCACGGCAUCUUUUCUUGCAAAACGCAAACCCGACAAAUCUUAAUAAUUCAUGCACUUGAUGUUAAGUAUCAAUUUACAUCACGUAGUUCAUAACCAAUUCAAUACUGGCAAUUCAUAAUUGAUUAGAACACUAUCAAUAAAUUUUAGUUAAUGCUGAAAUCUUUUUUUAAUAUAAAUAUAUAUUGAUUGCUUACUUCGAUAUCCUGUACAAAUCCUGUAGCAGACCGAUAACAUACAAAGUGUGCAUUAAUGCUGGUGAAUACAUUACAUGAUGGAUAUUUAGUAGUGUUCAGAAACAUUAAGGCUUUAAUGUUCUAGGAUGCCAGACUGUACUUGUCAUGAACUAUUACACAUUUAAGAGGCAGGACAAUAGUUAAGGUUUUUAUUCCCUCUAUGGUAGCUUUCAGUAUAUUUUUUUUCUUCUGAAAAUGGACUCAUUACAUAUGGGUAAAACAUUUGAGUUCCUUAAGGUAACACGACCUGGUUUUUCAUAUAGGUAUGAUAUCUGUUACACAUAUAUAGAUUCAUGUUUGGAUUCCCUCUUCCUGGUAACUGACAUGAGGAGCAUCAAGUGUUAGUACGUUUGCACGAUGUUAUUGUGUUUCCUAUUUUACAAAUAACAGCAUAACCUGUGAAUUUAAGAUAUGCUAAAGGAAAUUUAAUUCAUUGUUCUAUUGUCCAGUAACAUAUUUUUCAUCACCAGAAUUCAUGCUCUGUGUGCAUUUGUGAGGUUACAUGUAUAUAGCUAAGAAGCGGUGUAUUCAGCUUAUUCUUAACGAACUAACCACUUGUCCCCAUUGUGUGCAUUGUGCAGCAACACACGGAGGUAUCUGUAAUGCAACAUUUAGAAUGAUGUUGCUGUUGACUUAAAUCCCUUCACAUAUCUAUCUUGGUUGCAAGUCUCAGUGUUCAUUGCUGAUAAGGCUAGUGUGUAUGUCUAAAAGGUGUACAUAUAGUCGAAAUAAUUCAGUUUCAAUGUAAUGUUCGUGUUCAAUAUCGCACACUCGAACUGUUUUCACUCACACCUGUACCAUUGCCGGUGAGAAAGGAAGAUAUUCAGUUCAAUCCUGAUGAGUGUUGAUAACUAAAUGUAUGAUUAAACAUAGUGUAUACUAAAUCAAUAUGUCACUAUUUAUAGUAAUACAUUGAAAAUAUUACAUACUCAUAUAUAUAAUAUAAAAUAUGUAUGUUCGGACAGCUAGACCGAGGACCUCCGUCCGCAUAAUGAUGUUGCUUGUUGGGUGUUAUAUGCAUGAUAAACCCACUUUCUGGUUCCAUGCGACUUUUUACACGGCGUACUGAUACGUUUCAUUGAGAAGUUAUAGUUUUCUAAAUAUCUGAUUAAUCAAAUAACCAAUCUAAGAAUCACAUACUAUUUUACACAAAGAAUCAAUUGCAAUAGCAUAAAUGUUACUCCAGGUAGCAUUCACUAAUGAGAACCAGUUUCAAACUACAGAAAUAUAAUAUUGAUACAAGAAAAGAAUUUAGGGUAUUUUCAAUUUUUGCAAUUUUAGCACUUGACGCAUCCUUACGGAUUGAUAGGUCGUUCUCUCUACCAACACUUUCUAAAGAAAGUAUAUUGUUGUUACCCCCUUUCGUCCGUCCAUUCUUACCGAGUGUUGUUACUGAAACAAGGUCAACAUUUAUAGCGCUAUCCAAAUGAUAUUCUAGGACCUGAAACGUAAUAUCCUGUAGAUGCACAAUACGGAUUCAGAAUUUUCAUAUUGGCUUCAAUGUCACAUAGAGGCCGCAAAGUUACGCUUUUUAUCAGUAUGGUCAUUUGAACUUCAUCUCCUUUUUCCCGAGUAAUCAUAUAGUGUUGUAUGGACUGAAAAUGAAAAUCCUGUACAUGCGCAAUAAGGUUUCGUAAUUUUCAUAUUGACCUAAUGGGAUAGAUAAAGGCCCAAAUUAUCGUUUGCAUCAUAAAGCUUGCCAAUUGAUGUCCAUCUACAUUUUUAGGAAUAGUCACAUAGUAUUCUACACUGUAGAAACUGAGACCAGUGUGAUCUAGAUGCGCAAUAAGUUUUCGGAAUUUUCGUAUUGGCCACAUGGAUCAGGGUGGAAGAAUUAUGUUUUUAUCAUAAGGUUUGUCGCUUGAACUCACUCUACAUUUUCAGGAUUAGUCACAUAUUAUUCUAGGAGUUGAAAAAGAAUGUCAUCUAGAUGCGCAAUAAGGUUUCGGAAUUUUCGUACUGGCUACAGGGGGUCAAAUAGGGGUCGAAGAACGACGUUUUCUAUCAUAAAGUUUGUCACUUGAACUCCCUCUACAUUUUCAGGAGUAAUCAGAGCGCAACAUCUUGAAUAUGGAUUUCACGAAUUGUUACAUUUGGUAAUUAAUUAAUUGUUUUUCUCCAUACUUUGUAUAGCCUUAGAAGCUAAUGAAUCGGUUCCAGUUGAAAUAUCUUUUAUGUAUAUAUGAUCUAUUAAAUGUUUCCUUCACUGUUAUGAGUGUUCUUGUUAAUAUAGUUAAUAAUUCAAAUGUCCCUUUCAAUGUAUUGAAUUGGAAUAUAAAUGCUAAAGUUGCACUACACAAACAGUAAGAGUUAAAAAGAGCAACAGAGCACAAUUUCAUUACAUUUGAUCACUCUUGCAUCACGUAUUAGAAGUGUACCUCUCGUGAUCUUGAGAUCUUAUCAUUUUUUUGUUCAAUUAAAAUUAUAGUUCCUAACCUUUGGGCCUAUACUUAGAUGAAAGUUUUGCUCCUUUCUUAACUGACCUGCUUUUAUAUUCUUAUGAAGCAUAACUCAUCUACAAACUUCUACGUUAGAAAAUAUACUCUUGCUAUGGCAUUAAAUGCAACAUGUAGAUAUAUCGACGAUGUUUUGUCUAUUAAUAAUGAUAACUUUAAUUGAUUGAAAGUAGAUAUUAACGGCAAACUAAAAACUCUACUUUAUGAUAAAAGAGAUGAUUUCAGGUUCUCCACCGUCAACUUCUUAUGUUUAUGUAGCAACAUUCUAUUAUCAUCUGUAUCUGGUGUGUACAUCGCUCAACUGAUUCGAUACGCAAAAGCUUAUUCUGCGUCUGAUCAGUUUUUGAAUCAAGGCAAGUUACAGACAAACAAGUUGAUGGUGCAGGGGUUUCAACAGUAUCGUUUAAAGUCAACAUUCCGCAAAUUGUAUGGUCGUUAUGGCAAUAUAGCUUGCUAAGACUUCUUUCAUACUGACCGUUAGACAGUUCUUUAAACACUGAUUUUCACUACGGAUAACUCCAUUUGCCUGAUCAAGAUAUAAGGCUCACAGCGAGGAUGAUCGGUCAACAGGGAAUACGUAUUCCUACUGGGCACCUGAUACCCCUCUUGUAUAUCGAGUGGUCCUUGUUUGCCCAACUCUCUUUUUUUUUUUUGGUAUUGUUUAUAGGAGUUAUGAGAUUGAUCACUGUUCGAUAUCUUCACCUUCCAUUCAAAGUCCACCACAAUGGAUCCAAAUUGUAUGGUCGUUAUAAUGAUCUACUUUGCCAGUACAAACUACAUUUGGGUAAAAUGAUGUCUGACGUGUUUCAAAUCGAAUGUUAGACCGUUCUUGGUAGGUUGAUUUUGACUAAGGAUUACUCCGUUUCCCUGAUCAACAUAUAAGGCUCUCUGCAAUUUUGACCGGGCAUGGUUACUCCUCCUAGUCACCUGCUCCCACAUCUGGUAUACUCAGGGUGUUCGGUUUGCCCAACUCUCUAUCUUGUAUUUCAUAUAGUAGUUAUGAUAUUGAUCACUGUUUGUAUACCAGGAACAUAUCUGAAUUUUUAUGAUUGGAAGACAUGUCUGAUACCUGAUACUUUGUCUUCCUCGAUGAAUCUCCUCGAUGUUAUGUUUUAGUAACACUGAAACUUUGGUGUAUGACAGAGCAGCAGGAACUCAGGAUAGGAACCACCUGCUUCACAAUCGCUGCAGUAUGCUAUCAACUAGUACAUUCGUAUAGAUGUUGAUAGUGUACCAUAACGCCAUAAUGGUGACACGGGAAUGCGAUGAUGCGACGAUAGAGAAGUGUGGCGCAACCAAUCGAUGGUGAUGUUGCAAUAUGGCAAUGGCAUGAUGACGAUUGUGUCAUGACAUGAUUGAGCAAUAUUAUGAUAUGAUGACGCACCAACUGUAAUAGAGUCAUUAUUUCAGAGUAUUAUAUUGUCAUUGUACGAUUAUGCUUUUAUAUCAUCGUGUCAUCCAGUCAUCGUAGCAUUACAUGUUGCCUACAAGUGACCCUCAAGUGAAUAAAGCGAUUUCGGAAUACUGAAUAAUGAAGCCAUAACCAGACUUUAUUAGAAGGUGAAUCUUUCCACCAAACAGAACUUCUCCGUAAUCAUAUAGGUGAUUAUUUACCCUUUCAAUGUUUUUGACUUCCAUAUCUUUUCAUUGAUUAAAUGUGUGUAUGAAUCUUGAUGAAUAUAGGAUGACUAUUUUAAAGACUGGGAAUCCUUCGACAGAAAUAAAAAUGAAAUGUAGAUAUAAGAAAUAAAUUUCAUUUUUGAAAAUACGAGAGGAUAUUAUAUGAAUAUUGCAUAUCUACGUAUGGCAAUGAAGUAUUGCACAAAUAUGCAAGUCUAUUGGAUAAGCCAUAUAGAAGUGUUCAUAAAUAUUACAUAUCCAACCCCUUGUAGAUCCACCUUUUAUGAAAAUGAUUAGAUCAUCACGUUCCAACAAUAUGCACAUCUACAAAUGGCAAUGGAGCAUUGUACAAAGUUUCAGGUCUAUCCGAUAAGCCAUUGUUCACAAAAUUUUGUAACAUACAGUCAGACAGAGAGUACAAAAACAAUGUCUCCACCUGCUAGAGUAGAGACAUAUGCAUAGACCAGCAAAUGAAUCAGCUGUUCUUUGAAUUAGUUUCAAAGCAUUGUAAUCAUUUUAAUAUGACCUUAGCAAGCAAAUUACAUUGUAAUUAAAUUAUUUUAAACACCAAUAUCUUUUUCAUUUAUUUGCAUCCAUAUAAUAUAUGCAUGAACAUGCAUAAAUAAUACAACCAUUCUUAAAUUCGCACAAAAGCCAUGUCAGUAUAGUUUUGUGAAAGUAUAAAGCACAAAGUAAUGAGAUAGACAUUAUAUUAUUAAUAUUGACUGGGAUUUAGAAACCUUGGAUUUAUAACAAAAUUGUAUGACAAUAGUAUAAAGUGGAAAAAAAGACAUUUAGUAUAAACAUGGCCAUGAUAUACAGCGAGUAAAUUGAAAGAACAAAAUGUGGUUAUCAUAAUAGCAGUUGUCUGUUUCUUGUUGAUUUAACAAAUAAAUAUCCUAAUCAUAUCACCUCCUCAUUGUGACUUCAUGCCGCAAUA